CCCCCCCCGCCAGCCAAAUGGCGGGGCCGGUGUGACUUCAACGGCGGCAAGCGCACGUGCAACAAUAAGCUCAUAGGGACUCAACGAAGCAACGAUGAUGUCGAUCUCCCGUGGGAAGACGCCUUCCAUGGAAGUCACACCGCUAGUACAGCGGCGGGGAGCCCCGUCGUAGGCGCCAACCUUUUCGGCCAGGCCAAUGGGACGGCAAUGGGGAUUGCACCCAGAGCCCACCUCGCCAUGUACAAGCUCUUUAGAGAAGAAGGGUUUCCCCAGGACUCAAAACCUUCACAUGCUGCGAUCGAUGACGGGGUAGAUGUUUUGUCAAUGUCAAUUGGACCUGAUAAUCCUUACCCAUUCUUCGAGAAUGGUGGCUAUGUGGGUGCGUUUCGAGCCAUCCAAAAGGGCAUCUUCGUGAGCUGCUCAGCUGGAAACGACGGACCCAGCCCCUACUCCGUCACCAACGACGUGCCAUGGGUGUUGACGGUGGGAGCGAGCACGAUCGACAGGGAGAUUCGGGCUACGGUGAAGCUAGGGAACGGCGUGGAGCUCCACGGCCAAUCCAUCUUCCGGCCUCAAGUCCGUCAUCAUCAGCAGCGGCCACUCCCAAUCCUGCCAGCAUUUUGUGUUCCCGGUACCCUCAACCAGAUCGAUGUCAAGGGCAAGAUAGUGGUAUGCCGCGUCGGAGGCGCGUCGUUCAGCGACCUGGCGCGGGAGGUGAAGGACAACGGCGGCGCGGGCAUGAUCGUGGUCAACCAUGUGGGGAGAGGCUACACGACCCCGGCGUACGCCUCCGUCGUUCUCCCUGCAUCGCUGCUCAGCUACAGGGAUUGGAUGAUCCUCACGGACUACUUGCGCUCCCCCGCCAAGCGCCACACGGCAAAAUUAGCAUUCCAAGGAACUUUAAUCGGCGGCACCAACCCAAGUGCCCCGCAGCUGGGAUCCUUCUCGUCUCGAGGCCCCAGCCUCCAGUCCCCGGGGAUCCUGAAGCCCGACGUCAUCGGCCCGGGGAUCGACAUCCUGGCUGCCUGGGGAGCCUCAACCGACAACGCUACAGAAAACCCGUUCAAUGUGCGUUCAGGAACCUCAACGUCAUGCCCACACCUCAGUGGAGUGGCGGCGCUGAUCAAGAGUGCCCAUCCGGACUGGUCCCCAGCCGCCAUCAAGUCAGCCAUUCUGACCACCGGCUACGCGCUGGACCUCCGCGGCAACCCGAUUUCGGACGAGCAGAACGUCACGGCCGCGGUGUUCGGGGUUGGUGCGGGCCACGUGGACCCGUCGAGGGCCCUGGACCCAGGGUUGGUCUACGACAUCCACCCCGACGACUACAUCCCGUACCUCUGCGGGCUGGGCUACAGCGACAAGCACGUGACGAUGAUCGUGCAGCGGAAGGUGAGUUGCGGCGAUGUAAUCCCCGUACCGGAGGCCCAGCUGAACUACCCGACGUUCUCCAUCCGGCUCGGCGCGGGUGAUCGGAAGACGUACACCAGAACGGUGACCAACGUCGGCCCGCCCAGAUCUACCUACUCUGCCGUGGUUCGGUCGCUGGAGGAAGUUGGGAUUGCGGUCACUGUCGUGCCCAGCGAGAUCAAGUUCGAUGAGGUGAAUGAGAAAGCCAGCUAUGCGGUGACGUUCACCCGGCUGGACAACAUCACGAGGAGCACAGCUGUUUCCAGAGGCUCCCUCGUGUGGUCAGCAGCGGACUGCGGGUACACCGUGGUCAGCACCAUUGCAGUUGUCUUUCUAUGA